AUGCAGCCCAUCAUGGUCUCCAGCAAGAGCGCUGCUCCGUCGCCCGACGACAUCGCCGCCCUCAACAAGACGAUUUACACCUCAAAGACCUCUCAGGAGUCGCUCGACGCCUCUUACGCGCUCACAGAUGUUCUCCUGAACAGUGUGGGUGCUCGCGGACUUGCCGCCUAUGGCGUCCUCGAAGAGGUUCUGAAGGCCGCUGGGGACAAAAAAACCGCACCCCGGAGAGAGGGCGCCAUGUUCGCACUCGGCGCAAUUUUUGAGCGUUUCCCGCCAAAAGCUCGUCUCAGCGAAGUCGUGUUCCUCCUCCAAGAACAAGCACUUCUCCCGUGUGCGCUGGAUGCUCUCGCCGAUCGAGGCUCCGCUGUGAAAGAAGGUGCCCGCUACGCGAUCGACGCUCUCUACGGCCACCUCUCCUCCGAAGCGAGAGUCUACGGCCUUCUUCCGGUCCUCCUUACUUAUCUGCGCAAAAAGACCGGAAAAUGGCAAGGCACAGUCGGUGCAUUCGAGCUGAUCGGACGCAUGGCCGACGAUGCGAAGAUGGGCAUGGAGAGCAAAGAGGUGGAAGAGAACAAGGAUGUGCUUCGCGAAGCACUCGGCAGACAUUUGGCCACCAUGAUUCCGAUCGUCGAGGCUGGCAUGCACGAUCUCAAGUCGGAAGUGUCAAAGCAGGCUAUCAAAUCCAUGAACAGCAUGACAGCGCUGUUGCAAAACGACGAUGUCGCUCCACGAAUACCCCUCCUGAUCAAGAGCAUGGAAGACCCAAGCGCUGAGGCGCAAAGAGCUGCGAUCCACGCUCUAAGCCAGACAACUUUCGUCACGGUUGUGACAUCUCCUGUUCUGGCUCUGCUCACACCACUCCUCGAGCGCUCGCUCAACACACCUACCACGCCGCAGGAGGUUCUACGUCAGACAGUCGUGGUCACCGAAAAUUUGACCAAGCUCGUUCACGAUCCUAUCGAGGCUCGCGCUUUCUUGCCCAAGCUGAAGCCUGGUGUCCAGUCAGUACGUGACCGUGCAUCGCUUCCAGAGGUCCGCGAGAUUGGCCAGAGGGCGCUCGAUGUCAUCAACAAGGCUCUGGGCGAGGUCAAGUCUGGAGCUGAGGGACGUUCGUCUCAACCCAUCGAGCGUACGCAGCCGGACGAGGUCGCUGCUCUUCUCGAGAAGGAGACCAAGCAGAACGGAGGCCUGCUCAACUACCCAGGCGACUCAGAGUUGUGGACACACGCGAAGAAGUUCAUUUCAGAGUGUGUUGCCGAAGAUGCCAACCAGCGCGUGCUCAACCGCGUGGUUCGCAAUGUCGAGCCAUACUUGCAGCCGCUGAUGGACGACGGCAAAGCGACUGCUGUCGCGCAGUCUGUCCUCUCGUUCUACACCGCCGAGGAUACUCGCAAGUACGGUGUGCCAGAGAAGGAAGAUGACGGAGAGGUUGAGAUUGUCAAUGCAAACUUCUCCCUCGGAUACGGAGGAAUGCUGUUGCUCUCUCACACCAACCUGCGUCUGCUCAAGGGCCACAGAUACGGCCUCUGCGGUCGCAACGGUGCCGGAAAAUCGACUCUGAUGCGUUCUAUCGCGACUGGCAAGCUCGAUGGCUUCCCUCCUCAGGAUGAGGUCAAGACCUGCUUCGUUGAGCACAACCAGGGUGAGGAUGCUGAGAUCACAAUUCUGGAGUACUGUCUCAAGGACCCCGACAUCAAGAGCGAGGGCAAGGAGCGCAUUUCCGCCGUCUUGGAGGAGGUCGGCUUCAGCUCUGGACCCGAAGGCCGGCAACAGCAAAAAGUUGGUAGUCUGUCCGGUGGAUGGAAGAUGAAGCUGGCCUUGGCUAGAGCCAUGUUGAUGCGCGCCGACGUGUUCCUGCUCGACGAACCUACCAACCAUUUGGAUGUUGCCAACGUCAAGUGGCUGCAGGACUACCUCAAGACUCACACCGACAUCAGCUCGCUGAUCGUCUCUCACGACUCUGCUUUCCUCGACGAGGUCUGCACUGACGUCUACAACUACGAGAACAAGAAGCUUGUCCACUACAAGGGCAACCUCGCUGAUUUGGUCAAGGUUCGCCCAGAGGCCAAGAGCUACUACACCCUCAGCGCAUCCCAGGUGCAGUUCAAAUUCCCGCCACCUGGAAUCCUCACCGGUGUCAAGUCCAACACUCGUGCCAUCCUUCGCAUGACCAACUGCACAUACACAUAUCCCGGAGCAACAAAGCCCAACUUGUUCGAGGUCAGCGGCGCUCUCACUCUUAGCAGCAGAGUUGCUAUCAUCGGACCCAACGGAGCCGGAAAAUCAACUCUGAUCAAGGUCCUCACUGGCGAGACUGUGCCACAGCAGGGCAAAGUCGAGAAGCAUCCCAACUUGCGUAUCGGAUACAUCAAGCAGCACGCCCUGGAGCACGUCGAGAUGCACAUGGAGAAGACGCCAAACCAGUACCUUCAAUGGCGUUACGCCAACGGUGACGAUCGCGAAGUGCUCAUGAAGCAGACCCGUGUGUUGACCGAGGAAGACAAGGCGCAGAUGGCGAAGUUUAUCCAGCUUCCCGAUGGCAACGGUGCUCGUCAGAUCGAGGCUCUCAUCGGUCGACAAAAGUACAAGAAGAGUUUCCAGUACGAGGUGAAGUGGGUGAAUUGGCUGCCCAAGCACAACACCAUGAUCUCGCGUGAGACUCUUCUCGAGUACGGCUUCCAGAAGCUCAUCCAGGAGUUCGACGAUCACGAGGCCAGCAGAGAAGGUCUUGGUUUCCGUACUCUUGAGCCAAAGGUCAUUUCCAAGCACUUUGAAGAUAUCGGUCUCGACCCGGAGAUUGCCAACCACAACGAGAUCAGCGGUCUGUCUGGUGGUCAGAAGGUCAAGGUCGUGCUUGCUGGUGCCAUGUGGAACAACCCCCAUCUCCUCGUCCUCGACGAACCGACCAACUUCUUGGAUCGUGACUCCCUCGGCGGUCUCGCGGUCGCCAUCCGCGACUACAAGGGUGGUGUUGUAAUGAUCUCUCACAACGAAGAAUUCGUCGGCGCCCUCUGUCCCGAACAAUGGCACGUCGAUGCUGGACGCCUCACCCAAAAGGGCCACCUCGCCGUGUCUCUUGACCGCUUCGAGGACUCUCGUCCAGGUUCAUCCGCCGUCUCAUCCGCCGCUCCUUCCACAGCCGUCAGCUCCGCUGCGCCGUCCACGAACGGCACUCCCAUCGGAUCCGGCGCUCAGAGCGAAGCGGAGGAUGGAGGUGACAUGAAGUUCCGCGCGAGGAAAAAGAAAAAGUUGACGCGUGCCCAACAGAAGGAGCGCGAGGUGCGUCGUCGGCUGAGGCAUAUCGAGUGGCUGAACAGCCCCAAGGGUACGCCGCAUCCUCCGGACACGGAUGACGAGGCGUAAGCCUGUUAUGAUGUUACAUGGCGGGGUGCUUGGCGCGGAGAUGGAUCUGUGCUUGGACUUGCGUUGCUGAAGAGAGCAUGGAUUAUCCGGGAGGCGUUGAGGUGUUUUCUACUGCGAGGGCGGACCCCUGAAAAGUGCAUUUCUCUGGCGUUCUUCCUUCUCUUUGCGCUGAUGAUUUGCGCGGGUUCUGGCUAUAGACGGGAUAGAUCGGAUGGUGGUCGAGAAAGAUCCUGCGGGAUUUAUGAAAGAGUUUGGUUGAAUAGGCUUCAUAGAAGUCGUUCGGACCUAGAUGCAGAGGAUAAAGAGAAUACCCCGAGCUAUUACUG